GUUUAAUCCCUGAAAUAUAACUUGCGGUGUGCUUCAUUAGUAUGAAAAUUAAAUUUCCUUCUAUUGUAUCGCAUAUACUCAUCUUUGUAGACUCUAACUUUCAUCUGAUAUUGUGUUUCAUUUGUAUACGCUUUGUUAGUGUAACAUAGAAUUAGAGGAAGAUAGGAAGAGUUUCCAGGUUGAAAUUGAACUUAACAAUUAACAAGGAUGCUUUUAAAGAGCUAGUUUAUUACCAUUUUCUGAAUUGAAGCCAAUGGCAUUUUGUGUAUUCACCCGCCAUUCAACGUUUCUGCGGAGAAUGGCCUCAACAUCAUUAGCUGGUAAAGUACGAAAACAACCGAGUUCUGAUAUGGCUGCUUUUAGGCAAGUAUUUCAGAAAGCUCGUCAUGUUGUUGCUCUGACCGGUGCUGGUAUCAGUGCUGAAAGUGGCAUUCCUACAUUUCGAGGUGCUGGUGGUCUCUGGAGGAAGUAUAAUGCUCAGGAUAUUGCCACACCUGGUGCGUUUUUAGCAAAUCCGUCUCUUGUUUGGGAAUUUUACAGCUACAGGAGAGAUCUGGUGCUCAGCAAAAAACCAAAUCCAGCUCACUAUGCGCUAGCCAAAGCUGAAGCACAGUUGGAAUCCGAAGGCAGGCGUCUUGUUGUUAUUACUCAGAAUAUAGAUGAACUACAUAGAGAUGCUGGGACAAAGAAUCUUCUUGAACUUCAUGGUAAAAAUUAUUAUUAACAUAGAGAAUUUUGC